GGCGUCUGUGGUGGCGCAGAGAAGCAGGUCGGACAGUCAGUCCACACCACCUCCCUGGCAUCACCUCCGCCUCCUCUGGGCCUGGCAGAUGGGACCCUGCUGAGCGGGACAGAAGGAGGCCAGAGACGGUUUUGGUGGAGAAGACUGAAAUCGGAUGAUGUGCGUUGUGGGCGCGCGGCCCUUCGACAAACCAAUGCAGGCAUCACCUUCAGCUUCACCUGGUAUCCAAAGGCGGCACACACUACCUGCAAGCGAAGUUCGGCCGCUCAACGCGCAAGACGCAAUAAGCGUGUUUGAAAUCGAGCGAGAAGCGUUUAUCUCAGUGUCAGGUGAGUGUCCCCUCCACCUGGAUGAGGUGCGCCAUUUCCUCACACUGUGUCCGGAGCUGUCCAUGGGCUGGUUUGAGGAGGGUCGGCUGGUGGCGUUUAUCAUCGGCUCUCUCUGGGACCAGGACAGGCUCACUACAGAAGCGCUGACUCUGCACAAACCCUGCGGCUCUACCGUCCACAUCCACGUCCUGGCCGUCCACCGCACUUUCAGGCAGCAGGGCAAAGGUCCCAUUCUGAUGUGGCGCUACCUGCAGUACCUCCGCUGCCUGCCCAACGUGCGCCGGGCCGUACUGAUGUGUGAAGACUUUCUCAUUCCUUUCUACAGCAAAACUGGCUUCAAGGUGCUGGGGCGCUGUGCCAUCACCUUGGCCAACCUCACCUUCACGGAGAUGUCGUAUCCCAUCAGCGGCCACGCGUACAUGCGUCGCAACAGUGAAGCAAUCCGCUUCCCUGUGCCGCUAACAAAGGCCGAUGAACAUGCUGAUGUAUGACAAGCUGCUCUUCUUUCACUGAGAUGAACUAACUGCAGGUUGUCUUUCAUUCCAAAUCAGCGUAGUACUGUUUGUAGGACGUGUCAGGGUUUUUCUCCAGCUUUCAGUUUAUCUCUGAAAUUCUGUCAUCGUGUACGAUACAGAAAGUACGAUACGAUACGUGAUGUAUUAUAUGUGAUCCAACUCUCUUUGUCCUGCGUGUAUUACUCCCCAGUGGGAGGAGUAGAAUACUGUCAAUCGGACGGAUUUAACACUGAUGGUGUGUUGCAUUUGUGGUAGAAAUGUGGAUUUGUAGCUGCGUGUGUCCUGUUUAGCAUCUUUCUGAGCUUCCCACAGCUAUGUACUGACAUUAGCGACCAGGCUCAUGCAGCUCUACGGGGCUUUAGCUACUGUAAACACUUGAGGAUUUAAAAGGAUCCACUCAUCAGUUACCUGCAGAUCCAGUGAUCUUACUGCCAACCAACACAUGUACAGGCUUUGGUCAGGUGUUUCAGCUGUUCCAGUUUCUGUUGUGUGGGCUUUUUCCAAGUUUGUUUGCA